AUGCAUUGUUAUUGUUAUGAAUAUAACAAUUUUUAUUUUGGUUUGUAUUUUUUAAAUCAGAUUGAUACAGAAUUUAUGGAGGUACUAGGAUUCAGACAGGAACACAAUUCAUUCUUUGAGAAAUCAGAUAUAUCAUUUCUUUGCAUGCUGCUUCCUCUUUCAUUUGACAUCAAAAAGCAAGAACUUGAAAUUGAGGCAGCUCAGUGGAUGCCAUUUGAAGAAUAUGCAGCACAACCAUUUAAUCAGAAGCAUGAGCCCUUCAAGUACAUAAAUGAAUUAUGUAUAGCAAAGAUGGAAAAUGUCUAUACUGGAUUCUGUCCACGCCUUGUCUCAUCAUUUUUCUCUAAGGAUUUUAGUUACAUAUAUUUGAACAGCAAGGAUUUAGACAAGUCUUCUUCAUGAGUCUCAUGAAUCACUCUUAUUUUUCAAUUAUAAUUAGUCAAAAAAGUUAA